GGUGGCUCGUUUGUGCAAUUCUGAAACUGGUCGCCUGUUCUCAGUGUUUAUCUGGUCGUCAUGGCGGAGGGACGUGGAGAGCUACCGCCUCAGCCACCGCUUCAUCUGUCUUUACCCCCGGCCAGCAAGCGACCGUGCUUGCGCCCGGCUCCCCGAGGGCCAGGUCCGGGGCCUGGUCCGGGUUUUCCGAACUCUCGGUUUCGCUGCCCGGAAUCUCUGUUGGACUGUGCCGCUAAGGCUGUAGCGGAGAAAUGGGCCUUUGAGAGGGUGGAGGAGCGCUUCGAGCGGAUCCCAGAGCCUGUACAGCGCCGUAUAGUGUACUGGUCCUUUCCGAGGAACGAAAGGGAAAUAUGUAUGUAUUCGUCGUUUCAGUGCCGCGUAGCCGGCGAAGAGGGUCCGGUGGUGGCCACAGGGGCUCCCGCUGGAUCUGGGGCUGUCCCUGGAGGGGUUACCAGUACAACGGGCGCCUCCGGGACUGCGGGCACCGGAGAUGGACUGCCUUUCCGCAGGGGCAUCCGGCUUUUGGAGACUGGUUGUGUGGAAAAUGUCUUACAAGUCGGGUUCCACCUCAGCGGCACGGUUACAGAACCCGCCUCGCAGUCAGAGCCCGAGGUCACCCACAAAGUGGCGAUCAGCUUUGACCGCUGCAAGAUCACAUCUGUGACCUGUGGUUGCGGCAACCGCGACAUCUUCUACUGCGCCCACGUGGUGGCGCUGUCCCUGUACCGCAUCAGGAAACCGGAGCAGGUGAAGCUGAGGCUGCCCAUCUCAGAGACCCUGUUCCAGAUGAACAGAGACCAGCUGCAGAAGCUGGUGCAGUACCUCAUCACCGCCCACCACACCGAGGUGCUGCCGACGGCCCAGAAACUGGCAGAUGAGAUCCUCUCGUCCAACUCCGAGAUCAACCAGGUUCAUGGGGCCCCGGACCCUACGGCAGGGGCCAGCAUCGAUGACGACAACUGUUGGCACCUGGACGAGGAGCAAGUCAGGGAGCAGGUCAAACAGUUCCUGUCCCAGGGAGGCUACUACGGGUCUGGGAAGCAACUCAACUCCAUGUUCGCCAAGGUGCGGGAGAUGCUUCGGAUGCGUGACUCCAACGGCGCCAGGAUGUUGACCCUGAUCACAGAACAGUUCAUGGCCGACCCUCGCCUCUCUCUCUGGAGGCAACAGGGAACAGGCAUGACGGACAAGUGCCGGCAGCUAUGGGACGAACUAGGUGCCCUGUGGGUGUGCAUCGUGUUGAACCCCCACUGUAAGAGCGAGGAGAAGAGCGGCUGGCUGAAGCAGCUGAAGAAGUGGGGCGACAUGGACAUCUGCCCCCUGGAGGACGGCAACUAUGGCAACUCCCUGGCCCGGCCCAGACGGACGGUGUUCACCCGGGCCAUGGAGGCGUGCGAUCUCCACUGGCAGGACAGUCACCUGCAGAGGAUCAUCAGCAGCGACUACUACAUGUCCCCGGCCUAUCAGAGGGAGGGAGAGAGCCUGCUCUUCAACCCCCAGGGCCUGCCUCUCUGGCUAGAUCACGUCCCGACGGCGUGCGCGCGGGUCGACGCCCUGCGGUCCCACGGUUACCCGCGCGAGGCGCUGCGGCUGGGCGUGGCCAUCAUCAACACCCUCCGGCUCCAGCAGCACCGCCAGCUGGACAUCUACAAGCACCAGAAGAAAGAACUGCUCCAGAGGGGGAUGACCAGUACCACCAACCUGGAGGGCUGGGUGGGACACCCCCUGGACCCCAUAGGAUGCCUGUUCGGGACCCUCACUGAGACGUGCCGGGUGGAGGACGACAGCACCAUGGACACCGGAGACUCUGGAGACCCCAAGCCUCCCGUCUAUCACCACGUGCCCGUCUGGGGUUGCCCGGACGGAGGGGAGUCCUACCUGGCGCUCGCCCUGGAGGUGGCACUGAUGGGCAUGGGGCAGCAGCGGGUGAUGCCCGAGGGGCUGUACGCCCAGGACAAGGUGUGUCGCAACGAGGAGCAGAUUGUGACCAAGCUGCAGGAGAUGGAGCUGGAUGACCUCCUGGUCCAGACACUGAGGAAACAGGCCAUCCUCCUCUUGGAAGGGGGUCCGUUCAGUGGCCUGGGCGAGGUCAUUCACAGGGAGAGCGUUCCCAUGCACACGUUUGCCAAGUAUUUGUUCUCGGCACUGCUGCCCCACGACGCCGACCUGGCCUACAAAUUAGCCCUGAGAGCUAUGAGACUCCCCGUCCUGGAGUCAACGGCUCCGUCGGGAGACAUGGGUCACCCCCACCACGGCAUCAGCAUUGUGCCCAGCCGUUACCCGCGCUGGUUCACUCUGGGCCACCUGGAGUCUCAGCAGUGUGAGCUGGCCUCCACCAUGCUCACCGCGGCCAAAGGAGACAUGUUGAGACUGCGGACCGUGCUGGACGCCAUCCAGAAGAACAUCCACUCCUCGUCCCUCAUCUUCAAACUGGCCCAGGACGCCUUCAAGAUCGCCACGCCGGCGGACAACCCCCCAGACAUCACCCUGCUGAACGUGGCCCUGGAGCUGGGCCUGCAGGUGAUGAGGAUGACUCUGUCGACUCUGAACUGGAGGCGCCGGGAGAUGGUGCGCUGGCUGGUCACCUGUGCCACGGAGGUGGGGCUUCGUGCUCUGGUCUCCAUCCUCCAGAGCUGGUAUACCCUGUUCACCCCCACCGAGGCCACCAGCAUUGUCGCUGCCACCGUCAUGUCCCACAACACCAUCCUGCGCCUCAGCUUGGACUACCCGCAGAGGGAGGAGCUAGCGAGCUGCGCCCGGACACUUGCUCUGCAGUGCGCCAUGAAGGACCCCCAGAACUGCGCCCUCUCUGCCCUGACGCUCUGCGAGAAGGACCACAUUGCCUUCGAGACGGCCUACCAGAUCGUCAUCGACGCCGCUUCCACUGGCAUGACCUACUCGCAGCUGUUCACCAUCGCCCGCUACAUGGAGCACCGAGGCUACCCGCUCCGAGCUUUCAAGCUGGCGUCGCUGGCCAUGACCCACCUUAACCUGGCCUACAACCAGGACACCCACCCGGCCAUCAACGACGUGCUGUGGGCCUGUGCCCUGUCACACUCGCUGGGCAAGAACGAGCUGGCCGCCAUCAUCCCCCUGGUGGUGAAAAGCGUGCACUGCGCCACGGUGCUCUCGGACAUCCUGCGCCGCUGCACCAUGACAGCACCGGGCCUGGCCGGGAUCCCCGGUCGACGGAACUCUGGGAAGCUCAUGUCGACGGACAAGGCUCCACUCCGGCAGCUGCUGGACGCCACGAUUAGCGCCUACAUCAACACCACCCACUCCCGGCUUACACACAUCAGCCCGAGACACUACGGGGAGUUCAUAGAGUUCCUCAGUAAGGCCAGAGAGACUUUCCUACUGGCCCAGGACGGACACAUUCAGUUUGCCCAGUUCAUAGAAAACCUCAAACAGAUCUACAAGGGCAAGAAGAAACUCAUGAUGUUGGUACGGGAACGUUUCGGCUGACCCCCCGCCAAACGCGACGGGGGGUGUCCCCCGCCCAACAGGACAGGGGAUAUAGGGAACUACAUUUAUUACUACUUACUCAUUUAUUUAAGUUUUCAUUCAUUUUGUCUUUUUGUUUUUCCUCGUCACUCUCGCGGGCAAAUUUUAUUUGUCUGUUUUUUGAUCUUGUUUCAUUUUCUCGUGAGCGACCACUGUUUGUUUUUUGUUCCGCGGUGUUGCUGUACCCAGUAAGGACAGCAGAGGGGAAAAUAGCUGAAUAUAAAAAUGGUUGAAGCAUUCUCUGCUAAUGUUGAAUUUAGUAUGUACAAACACAAGAUUGUGACGAUGAUGAAAACAUUGAGGUGGCAUAGUGAAAACCAAAUGAUGUGCAGGGUACUUUGAGCCAGGGACUGCUGUGAGGAGUUCAUUUUGGUUUUUGAAGGAGAGAUAACUUGUCAUUCCCCAAAAAACGGACCUACACGCAAUAGUGUUAACACAUCGUCAUACCUCGAUCGUAUUCCAAGGAUCAGCUUUAAACCUUUCCCAUCGAAGGCCUCGUUUCAAGGCAGUAUGGACGGGGGAUGUGGAAUACUGGACGUUUAUUUCCAGAACCCAAAUCCACCAGAGUCCCUUGGCCAUGACGCAGUCCGUAGACCUGACCAAGCCGCUCGCAUUCUCUUACUCCUUCGUUGGGCAUAGCCUGGGCAAUUUGUCUGGUAUCUUUUAUUAUUUUAGUAAAGGUACCUUUCAAAAAGACGCAGGCGUACUGAGAGCCCUGUUGCUUCGGAUGGGUUUUUGGGUUAGACCACGGAGAAGAGAUUGGCUGGCCUUGUUGCAUAAAGAACCAUAUUGGCACUCUGGGUCUUGGACUGUGAGGUGGACAUCCAUUGUCAGGAGAUGGGCUCGUACCGUUUGUUGAAAUGCCAUUGCUGAAAAACAUGUAUUUUUCAAGGCAAAAUGUGUAUCAGAGUGUACUUUCAGACAACACGCCUUGGUACGCCCAGAUGUUAUACCUUUACAUCCAAGCCUAACUACAACUAUUCCCAUUUAUCAACCUCUCAGCUCCUCUAGGGAAGUGUUUUAAAUAUGGCAGUUAUAGCUUGAAAUUUACCAGUAGUACUAUUGUUAUACAAGCACUUCACACAUUUCACGCAUUACAUUCUGUCUGCUUGAGCAAUUACUGUAUUUAUCAAUCACUAGAAUAAUCUGCGUGUGAAUGAAUAUUAGGAAUACAGACAGCAUAAUUAUAUGUAAUAUACAAAAAACAAAUAUGAAUAUUAGACCGAAGAAAGUUUGAGGACAAAUUUUGAGGCUAUAAAACCGUUCCAUGUGAGCUUCCACAUUCCAUGGUUGCCACUUCUCCGAAGCCCGGCAGGUGUCCCGGGCCACGGGCAUACUCUCCGUACGUCUGCGGCUGGGAUUUGAAGUAAUACGGUAAAGAAAGAGAAAAGAGACGCUAAACUCAGUUCUCAGGGAAUCACUUAAAGAAACAAAAACAAAAAGUAGUAGCAUAAGCAUUUAAGAUAUUGUAAAUAUGAAAGUGUCAAUUCAGAAAAUUGUAAAGUUAUAAUUAUUUAUGAUAACUGUAUGUUUUAGGUUGUUUUUUUGUUUCGUUUUUGUUUUUUGGGAUACUUGAAUUUGUCGUGGGCUGGGAAUGUGAUGACAGUUAAGAGGAAAAGACUUCAAUACAUUUCUCAGGUGCUCCUGUGUACAUUUCUCUGAGUUUUUCGUUUGAUUGUUUUUUUUUUUAUUUGUACGCUUUGUUUCAUUUUUUUUCUUCUUCUUCAAAGUGUUUUCUUAGAGGAAGCACGUUUUUUUGAGAUUCAAAAAGAAGGCAUACCUUUGUGAACAGAAUGCAACCCGACUAUGCAGAAACACCCUGGUGGUUUGGACCUCUUCUCCGGAGUCACCCAGACAGAUGUCUGAGCGGAGCGAGCCACUAUCCUAGAAAGGACCGAUAAGACACGGCAUGUUUGUAUUUGUAAGUAGCCUGCACAUGCUGCAAAUUGGGAUGGACUUUGCCUUUGACCAAUCAAUGUACAAUUCUUUUCUUUGGACUUAAGCCUUUAGUGUCUUCUUAACAUACUUGUGUCACACCCUGACAUGGCAAUGAGAGUUUAGGUAGAACGGUCCAUAAAAUAUGAAAAAUUAAAACAACUGCACGCCCCCACGUUAAAGAAGCAACAGGCAGAGAAAAUGAAUGAGGGUGUACGUUUCCCUCCCAAUCGCCCUCCCAUUUGUUUCUUUAUGGUUUUCAGCCUGUCUGCUUGACCUGAACAACCAUGGCUACGUUCUGAACCGUUCUCUAGAACCUCCUGCUCUCUCCUCCCGCCACUGGUCUUUAUUCUUUCUGUUUUUAAAAGAUUGUGUUCACUUUCUCCGAAACGUUAGUCACAGGAUUCAAUUUGACUCUGCAGCAGUACCAGUGGCACAGGCUAGACAACACAACAUCUGCUUUCUCAACUGCAGCCUCCUCGGUUUUGUCACACUAAUAUGAACAACUACUUGAAUGUGAGAUUUGAGUUCUGUUAAGAAGAAGACAAGACAAGCUUUUUUAUGUGAGGGAGACGCUUGCGUUACAGACUGCUGCAGAAUAAGGUAAAACCGCCUGUGAUAUACACACGUAAAAAACAAGCGUUUUCUGUCGCUGACAUAGUUGGUCGUACAUGCGGCAUUGCAAAAAAAGUGGGGGGGGGGCACCUCUGGCUCUUCAGUUCUCUCUCUCACGCUCUAAGUGUCUAUAUGUGUUAACUGUACCAGUGUUUUGACCUGUCCCUAGAAUUUAGAAGGAAAGAAUAAUAAUCGCUGGUAGAGAUUGUUCACUAGUUCAUCUACUGUUUUGAUAUUCUUUUUUAAGGGAAGUGUUUGUUGCCUCUUUGUGCUACUGAAAUAUAAAAAAGGUAUCCAGUAUUUGUUGCCACAGAAGUAUAGUUCAUCAACACUUUUUGUUUGUGCAACCUCUUGAGCUAAUGUCUAUAAAACAAAAAUUUAUUACUAUUUAUGUAACGCUACUACCAUUUUAUAUAAUUUGUGUUGGAAUCUCAGUGCUUUUCUAUGAAUAAAGUGUGAAACACGUA